ACGAGAAGACAUUUCUCUGUCUUCCUGCUGGGCCAUGGGGUCCCACCUCUGCUGUUGUGAGCCUAACUGCCUACACUGGAGAUUAGGAGUUCAGCUUCUGAAUUUAGGGAGAGGAGACCAAACUUCCAGCCCAUACCAACCUCUUUGUAAAGAAGAUGUCCCCUCGCUUUGUAAACAAUCAGUGAUCAAAACUUUGGAAGAAGGCCCUAAACUUUCCAAUGGUGGUGGUAACCAUGGCAGCGGAUGAUAAAGUUGCUAUCUUGACUGAUGAUGAAGAGGAACAAAAGAGAAAAUAUGUGCUGGCUGAUCCCUUCAAUGGUAUUUCCAGGGAACCAGAACCGCCUUCAAAUGAAACACCCUCCUCCACAGAAACGUCUGCUAUUCCUGAAGAGGACAUAGACUGGAUAGAGAAGCACUGCGUGAAAAUAAACAAUGAUCUUCUAAUUUCCAAGGUCUUUUAUUUUUUCUUUUACUCUGCCUAUGGCUCCCUUUACCCACUUCUACCUGUGUAUUAUAAGCAGCUGGGAAUGUCACCAAGCCAGAGCGGACUUCUUGUAGGUAUCCGGUACUUCAUUGAAUUCUGUAGUGCUCCUUUUUGGGGCGUAGUUGCAGAUCGCUUCAAAAAAGGCAAAAUUGUCCUCCUCUUUUCUCUUUUGUGUUGGGUUUUGUUCAACCUGGGCAUCGGAUUUGUCAAACCUGCUACCUUGAGAUGUGUACCAAAGAUCGCCCCGACAACCCACCCAACCAACGCAAGUCACCUGUCAACCACCCUGUCAUUGAAUUCCUCUGUUCUCCCUUUCCCUAACACGUCACCAAGAAUGCGUGAGAAAAGGAACCUGCCUAGUUCUGAUUGGCCACCAGCGUUACAAGCAGGGCCUGUUACCUCAGAGAUGGACAUCUUUACAAUGCCUUCUUCAGCCAGGACCACUGAACCCAGCCUGCAGCCCCAGACGGGUGGAAUGACGGACCAUGUUGUGGAGUUGAUCUUGAACACAAGCACAGUGACCCCUGUCCCCACAGGAAACGUAACCAGGGAGACAACCACUGCUCUCGCCACCACCACCAGGUCACUGCCUUCUGCUCAUGUCAUUCUUGUUUAUGACCAACAAGAAGUAGAAGCGAUAUUCUUGGUGAUCUUGGUAGUUGUCAUAAUAGGAGAGUUUUUCAGUGCCUCUUCUGUCACGAUUGUCGAUACGGUGACGCUCCAGUAUCUGGGGAAACACAGAGACCGCUACGGCCUGCAGCGCAUGUGGGGCUCCCUGGGCUGGGGCCUGGCCAUGCUGUCCGUGGGCAUCGGCAUCGACUACACCCACAUAGAGGUGCUUAUCGAUGGGAAGGGGUGCAAGCCCCCGGAGUACCGCAACUAUCAGAUCGUCUUCAUCGUCUUUGGCGUUCUCAUGACCAUGGCCUUGAUCGUGGCUACUCAGUUCCGGUUCCGCUACAACCACUUCAAAAACGACAGCAAAGGAAAAGAGGUGGAGAUCCCUCAGGUGGAGAGGAACGCCUCCACGGAGUCCUCUGAGGAGACGCCAUCCGCCACAAGCCACUCGCAGACCUUCAACUUCUGGGACUUAAUCAAACUGUUGUGCAGCGUGCAGUACGGCUCCGUGUUGUUCGUGGCGUGGUUUAUGGGUUUUGGAUACGGCUUUGUGUUCACCUUUCUGUACUGGCAUUUGGAAGAUCUGAAUGGAACCACAACCCUGUUUGGGGUCUGUUCUGUCCUGAGCCACGUGUCGGAGCUGACAGCGUACUUUUUUAGUCACAAGCUUAUAGAAUUGAUUGGCCACAUCAGGGUUCUGUACAUCGGCCUGGCCUGCAAUACAGCUCGCUAUAUUUAUAUUUCCUACCUGGAAAACGCCUGGACCGUGCUCCCGAUGGAGGUGCUGCAAGGGGUGACCCACGCGGCCAUCUGGGCGGCCUGUAUUUCGUACCUCAGCGCGGCCGUGCCCCCUGAGCUGCGGACAUCUGCCCAGGGCAUCCUGCAGGGCCUGCACCUGGGCCUGGGCAGGGGCUGCGGUGCCAUGAUCGGCGGCGUGCUGGUCAACUACUUCGGGGCUGCUGCAACCUUCCGGGGAAUUGGCAUGGCCUGCCUGGUGAUCCUCCUGCUCUUUGCCCUGAUACAGUGGCUGGCAGUGCCGGAUGAGGAGGAAGAUAAGACAAUGUUGGCAGAAAGGAUUCCUGUUCCCUCCAGUCCUGUUCCCAUAGCAACCAUCGACUUGGUACAGCAACAGACAGAAGAUGUCCUGCCGCGCCUUGAGCCCAGACUUCCACCCAAGAAGACCAAGCACCAGGAAGAACAGGAGGAUGUGAACAAGCCAGCCUGGGGGGUCAGCUCUUCUCCCUGGGUGACCUUUGUCUACGCACUCUACCAAAUUAAAGAGAUGAUGCAACUGACGAAAGAAAACCGGGCUUCUGAGAUCCAGCCUCUACAGGUGACCAGUGAGAAUCGGGAAAACUCUCCGGCAGGCAGAGCCCGGCAUGUGCCUCCUGAGACCCACUCUGACCCACCUAGAGACCAGCCCUCCCCUGCCUUAGCAGCGUCUCCACCGCAGACCAGCCCUGCCCACCCCAGAGGUGGGGACCCUGAGGAGCCUGGGGCUCAGCGCACUGCAGGAGGACCCUGAGGGCGUCCUGCUCCUCUCACACCUGCAUGGAGGUGGGCUCCUUGGCCAGGACAGAGGGUGGGGCCCCCAACCCAGAACACGCUGCUCACGCUUCUGAAUAUCUAAACUCAUUAAUGUUAAUGUGGACACAUGCAGACACACAUACAUACACAACCUGAGCUACAGUACAUACUGGCAGAAAGGUCACCUCUGUCAUCUGGUGGAGGACAAAAGGAAAACAUGGGGUGAGACCCGAGGCCAAGCUGGUUGUGUGAAGCACUCUGCUGGCGCAGUAAGGAGUGAGCCCCAGGGACCCUGAGUGCAGGGGACUUACCUGUUCCUUUCCACGUGUAUCUAGUAUAAUUUCCCUCUUUUGAUUAUUUAUUCUAAUUAUUGGCUUCUUCAUGCAGACUGAGAAGAAAAAGUAUAGAUCUAUAAUUUUGUUUCUCUUGAAGAGAACCAUUUAAAAAUUACAAAACAUAUUUAAAAAGUAAGCAGAUAAAAGUUAGAUGCUUUUUGUUUUGAAAAAAGCUAAGUGUGGUCAUCAACCCUUCAUGUCUCUAGCAAAUGUAUUUUUAUAUGUGUAUGACAAGGAAAAUAGUCAACUCUUUGAGCAGCAACAGCUGUUACCAACUACUGCAAGCUGAGCUUUAAAAAUGCCUUUUAUUUUAAAUGGGCUUUCAGAAUGACCAGAAAAGAGGGAAUAUU